ACCCUAACCAUGCUUCGUCUUUUUCUACUCCGUACCCAAUAAGCCGUUAAUAGUUAUACAUGUGUAUUGAUUUUUGGGUGGGUGCAAAGGAUAGGGUAAGCAUUAAAUUUUCUUGGAUCGUAAAAUCAUGGCGGAAAAAUAACUGUGUUGUGGUUUUGCAGAGAAUUGUAGCGGAGAUUUCGAAGAAGAUCUGAGAUGGGUUUCAUAAGCACUGUAAUGGGGUUUUUUGGGUUUGGAAUUGGGAUCUCAAUUGGGCUUGCGAUUGGGUACUUCAUGUUCAUCUACUUCCAGCCUACUGAUGUUAAGGACCCUGAUAUUCGUCCUUUGGCCGAGAAAGAUUCUAAGAGUCUUCAAAAGCUGAUGCCUGAGAUACCCCUUUGGGUGAAAAAUCCAGAUUUUGAUCGUCUUGAUUGGCUUAAUAAGUUUGUUGAAUUGAUGUGGCCUUAUUUGGACAAGGCAAUUUGCAAGCAAGUGAAGCAGAUAGCGACGCCUAUAAUAGCUGAGCAAAUACCCAAGUACAAAAUUGAGUCGGUUGAAUUUGAAGCGCUUACUCUGGGCUGCCUGCCUCCUACUUUUCAAGGAAUGAAAGUUUAUUCCACUGAGGAGAAGGAACUGAUAAUGGAACUAGCCUUGAAGUGGGCAGGUAACCCUAACAUCCUUGUUGCAAUCAAGGCAUUUGGACUCAAAGCCACUGCUCAGGUGCUUGACCUGCAAGUAUUUGCUUGCCCGCGUAUUACACUGAAGCCACUGGUUCCAACCUUCCCAUGUUUCGCAAAAAUACUGGUUUCUCUCAUGGAGAAGCCCCAUGUUGACUUUGGACUGAAAUUGCUGGGAGCUGAUGCUAUGUCAAUUCCUGGCCUUUACCGAGUAGUUCAGGAAAUUAUUAAAGAUCAGGUUGCAAAUAUGUACCUGUGGCCAAAAACUCUCGAGGUCCCAAUAAUGGAUCCUUCCAAGGCAAGCAAGAGGCCGGUUGGAAUUCUUCAUGUGAAGGUUGUGAAGGCAAUGAAUCUGAAGAAGAAAGAUCUUUUGGGGUCUUCAGAUCCCUAUGUCAAACUCAAGCUUACUGAGGAUAAACUUCCUAGAAAGAAAACGAGUGUAAAGCAAAGAAACUUGAAUCCCGAAUGGAAUGAGGAAUUCAAUUUUGUCGUUAAGGAUCCGCAAUCCCAAGCUUUAGACAUUUCUGUCUAUGACUGGGAACAGAUUGGUACGAAUGAAAUGAUGGGCAUAAAUAUUGUUCCUUUGAAAGAUCUUACUCCCGAAGAACCUAAAGUCCUGACGCUGAAUCUUCUGAAAACCCUGGAUCCAAAUGAUCCUAUAAACGAGAAGUCGCGAGGACAGAUAGUUCUUGAAGUAAUGUACAAGCCUUUUACAGACGAGGAAAUGCCAAAUGAUGUUGAUGAGUCGGGAGGUGAAGUAGAGAAGGCUCCCGAAGGAACACCUGCCGGUGGUGGAUUGCUAGUAGUCAUCGUCCACGAAGCUCAGGACCUCGAAGGGAAGCACCACACAAAUCCAUUCGUUCGUUUGCUCUUCAAAGGAGAGGAGAAAAAAACUAAGACUGUCAAGAAAAACCGAGAUCCUAGAUGGGGAGAGGACUUUCAGUUCAUGUUGGAGGAGCCACCUACUAAUGAAAGGCUUCAUGUCGAAGUUUUUAGCAACUCAUCCAGAAUAGGUCUGCUGCAUCCUAAGGAGUCUCUGGGAUAUGUGGAUAUAGCCCUGGCUGAUGUAGUGAGCAAUAAGAGAAUCAAUGAGCGAUACCACCUUAUUGACUCCAAGAAUGGUCGAAUCCAGAUUGAGCUACAAUGGAGAACUGCAUCAACUUGAUCACAAUUCUCCAGUACUAUGUUGUACAACGCUGUAAAAAUUCCUUAAAAUUUCAUACCAACGUGUGUGUGCCAAUGUUUCUUAUUCUUUACUUUAAUGUUUCUACUUUAUGAACUCAUUCUUGUUGAGACAUAUAGCUGCUUGUUGUCUGUAUAGGAAAACUGUGUAUUGUUUGUCUUAGAAUAAAUGAAUCUAUUUUGGUUCGAACAAACAUUUUUUUGGGUAAAAUUCAUAUGGUUAAUU